AUCAUCGCUGAACCAGAACCCCCUGCCCCUCACACUAAACACUCGAGGCAAGUUUGCGUCUUCUGGGCUUCGGCUGCAUGGUCAGCAAGCAGCUCGUUGGCGGGAGAGCGCGCAGAGCUGCGGAGGUGCGCUUUGAGGGACGUGGCGUCAUUAAUUGCCUUGCAUAGCGCGCCAACGCUCGUCCCGCUGCGGCAACGAUGGCGUCUCGAGGCGUGGCUGUGCACCCGCAGCGAGUGUCGGACAUCCCAUGGCACGACAGGCUGAUCGGCGGGAAUGCACGCAGCACGGGGCUCCACGGAAUGGCGGAAAAUAGUGCGGCACGCUCACGCGUGCGUCGUGGCGUCUGGGUAUCGCAUCGUGCACCCUUAGAGCCCGUGUUGUUUAGAUCCGCCUUUUUGGCGCGAAGCAGCGAGUUUAGGAGAGGUUGCGGCAGGGAGGUGAGUGGGCGCGGGCGCGUGGCGGACGCUUCCGCCUCGCCUCGAAUCUCCGCCGCUGCGGAAUCUACAGGUGCGCCCGGCGCUGGUAGCCGCCCCGCGCCAUCCAAGCCCAGGUCUUCCCGACCCUCAGCCGCAGGCUCGAGACGCGACCGACCCUCGGGGGGAGGCGGGGGGGGCGGAGGGGGAGGCGCACGGAGGGGCGGGGCGGGGGUGCGGCGGGCGCGCGACGACAGCGUGGCGCGCAAGCUGGAGCGAUUCCACGACGGGCCCGAGGGGCCGCCGCUGCGCGUGCUGCCGAUCGGCGGGGUGGGCGAGAUCGGCAUGAACUGCAUGCUGGUGGGCCACCGCGACCGCUACGUCAUGAUCGACGCCGGCCUCAUGUUCCCCGACUACGACGAGGUGGGCAUGCAGCGCGUGCUGCCGGACACGGCGUUCAUCCACCGCUGGCGCCACAAGAUUGAGGCGCUCAUCAUCACGCACGGCCACGAGGACCACAUCGGCGCGCUGCCCUGGGUGCUGCCAGCGCUGGACCCCUCCACGCCUGUCUUCGCCACGGGCUUCACCAUGCAGCUGGUGAAGCGGCGCCUCAAGGAGCACAACCUGCCGUUUGAGAAGCGGUGCAAAGCAGUGCAGAUGCGCACGCCGUUCACGGCGGGGCCGUUCCAGGUGGAGCCGGUGCGCGUGACGCACUCCAUCCCCGACUGCUGCGGGCUCGUGCUGCGCUGCGACGACGGCACCAUCUUCCACACCGGCGACUGGAAGAUUGAUGAGGACCCGUUGGACGGCCGCAAGUUCGACCGCGAGUUCCUCGAGGGCUGUCCAAGGAGGGGCACCAACAGCCUGGCCCCCGGGCGCACGACGUCGGAGAGCAGUGUGGCGGCGGCGCUGAUGGACGCCGUGCUGGCGGCCAAGGGGCGCGUCAUCACCACGCAGUUCGCCUCCAACGUGCACCGCCUCGGCGCUAUUAAGGCCGCUGCUGACGCUGCUGGCAGGCGCCUGGCGCCUGGUGUUCCUGGGCAUGUCGCUGCGCACCUACCUCGAUGCGCCUUCCGCGACGGCCAGGCGCCCUUCGACCCCUCCGUGCUCCUCAAGGCGGAGGACAUGAGUGCCUUCUCCCCGCGCGACCUGCUUAUUGUCACCACUGGCUCUCAGGGUGAGCCACGCGCCGCCCUGAACCUGGCGUCGUACGGCACGAGCCGCAUGCUGCAGCUCAACUCCGACGACACCGUGCUCUAUUCCGCCAAGAUGAUCCCGGGCAACGAGACGCGCGUGGUGAAGAUGAUGAACCGCAUCGCGCUGCAGGGCCCGCGCAUCCUGCAGGGCCGCGAGCACGGGCUGCACACGUCGGGCCACGCGUACCGCGAGGAGCAGCAGGAGGCGAUCCGGCUGGUGCAGCCGCAGCACUUCCUGCCGGUGCACGGCGAGUACGCCUUCCUGAAGGAGCACGAGCUGCUCGCGCAGCGCCAGGGCAUCCGCCACACCGUGAUCAGCAACGGCGAGAUGGUGGGCGUGGCACCGCUGCGCAACUCCAAGGUGGUGUCCAACGGCUUCUACCACCAGCCGCGCGUGCACCUCGAGUCGUUGUGCAUCGACGGUGGCCUGUUCAUUUGGAAUCUAAUGCAUCAUCAUCCUCAGUUCCCUGGCACAGAUGCCGGCUGCCAUGAGGUGCCGGCUGCCAUGAGGUGCGGGCUACCAUGAGGUGCAAGGUGGCACGUGACCAAUGCUUCUUGCGUCCUGGGACUCUCUGCUACUUGUCUCUCUUUCUCCACUCUCCGUACUCCACACUUCAUGCGUUGUGUGCCCAUGCACAUGCGUUGUGUGCCUAUGCACAUGCGUUGUGUGCCCAUGCACAUGCGUUGUGUCCCCAUGCACAUGCGUU